UAUAGCAACCUUGCAAACUCAACUACUCCAUGUGUCAUGUGCUAACAAAGGAAUCGCUACAAAUGAAACUAUCAGUACUUCUUGAAAAUCGUCUGAAAAACACAAAAAUGAUAAUUACGAAUAAACCAGAAAUAGUUCAAUACAAGCAGAAAAACCUAAAUAAAACUAAAUACUGUGUAUGCAAAACUCUAGGUCCGGCUUUAAUGCUUGCAAGGCUUUUUGGAGUAUUUCCGGUAUCAUGGCGACACACGACUGAAAAGUGUGUCUACGAAAAAUCUUUGACUUGGUUGAUUUACACUGGUUUUGUUAUAAUAUUUCAAAUCUUCGUAACUUACUCAAACGUGAACUAUUCAAAUCUUUUAAAUGCAACAUUAUUGGUUAUUAUAGAUAAUUUAACGAAUCUAUAUUACAGCCACUAUGUUGUUCUGAUCACAUUAUUGGGAUUUUUUAAAUUCACUGCUUAUAUUACUACUUUAAAUACUCUGGCUUCAACUCUAAAAGAUGGAGUCUUAUGUCAGUCAGCUAUGAGAAGAGUCGUGUUGCUGCAAUAUGCAAUUUUUGCUUCAUUGGCGUUAGUUGCUACAUUCCAAAUAAUUCUGUAUAUAUGGCUUAAUAAUUCAACGAGUUAUGAAGCCAAUUUCUCUAUAAUGAAUAUUUUAUACAGAAUGUUUAUGAAUUUCUCUUUCGGUUUAUACGCAGUAGUUUUUACCAUAUUUGGAUUGUUGAUAGGAUCGUUAGCUUGCUUUGAAAAAUAUACCUUGAAUUGUCUCAAAUAUGUUCCUGUACAUCCUUUAAGAGAUAUCGAUGAUUCCAAUAACUCAUCUGAUUUUAUGGGAAUUAUACAUUAUAAACUUUGCACCGAAAACCAUUUCAUCACAUCGCAAAUGUUGGAUUUAAAACCUGCCGACGUGGUUGAAAAUUUAAGAAUAUAUCACGAAGAAUUUAGUCUAUGCAUAUACAGUUGGAAUAAGAGUAUGGAUCUACUUUUUCUAACCCAUACCGUUAUGGAAUUGGCAGUUCUGAUUGUCGAUUGGUAUGCCGUUAUAGCUUACUUGGUAUAUAGUUUUAAGGCUCCAAUAGCUGCUACAAUGAACAUUCUGAAUUUAUUUUAUGUGGUGUCUCAUACGUAUGGGUUGUUCCUGUUUUUGAAAAAUUGCCAGGCUUUAAAAAAUAUUAUACAUGGAUUAGUUACAUUCUUACUGGAAUACUCUACAAGAAUAACUGAUCCAGAAGAACAUCAACAAGUUCGAUUUUUUAUAGAAAAAAUCAACAACCAUCGUCCAUUUACGGCCAGCGGGGUUUUCACGAUAGAUUUGGGAAUUGCAGGACCGAUAGCAGCGAAUAUACUCACUUACGUUUUGGUAGCACUGCAGUUUGAAGUACCAAAAGAAUAAAUCGUUAAUAUAAAUAGCGUAUUGUUGUUAAUUAAAAUAAAGAAGG